AUGGCUGACGCUGAGUUGGAGGAGAUCCGAAGAGCUCGUCUCGCUCAGUUGCAACAACGAGGAGGUGGCCGAGGGGCCGCUCCCAGUGGUGAGGGACAAGAAGAUCAAAGAAGACAAGCAGAAGCUGACCGACGCGCCACAAUACUCAACCAAAUCCUAGACCCCGCGGCUGCAGACCGACUCGGAAGAAUACGACUCGUCAAAGAAUCCCGCGCCACCGAUAUCGAGAACAGACUCAUCAUGCUUGCGCAAACAGGCCAGUUACGCCAGAAAGUAACCGAAGAUCAAUUGAAGGACCUCCUCAACGCCGUUGCAGAAAACUCGCGCAAGGAGGAAGAGGAGCAAAAAGUCGUUUUUAGUCGUCGCAAGGGUGGUUGGGAUGAUGAUGACGAUGAUUUGUUGGAUUUAUAA